AUGGCUCAGGAGGAGAUGGAAGGGGAAGGCUGCACGGGGUCGGCCAACAGGUGUGGCAACCUGACCAUCUCUGCCCCGUUCUGGCUCGCUGACUUGGAGUCGGGAAGAUCAUGUGGUUUCCUGGAUUUUGAGAUCACUUGCUUCCACAACACUCCGGUUCUACCGAGCUCUAAACCCUUCAGCUAUGGAUUCGAGAUCAUGAACAUCUCCUACGAGGCAGAGAGCAUGCGCGUCGUCGAUCUCGGAAAGCUGAGGCUGCUGCCACCAGCCUCCAGCAGCUGUAAUAUGCCGAUAUGGAACACCCCAGAGAAGCUGCACCGACAGUUUAGGAUCGACCCCGUAAGCCUGAACAUGAUCAUUUACAAUUGCACCAAUGCAUCGCCGGCUGCACGUCAUAACGGAGAGCUCGUAGAGACGAGGAUGAGGUGUGUAAAUGAGAGCCAUGUGUUUGUCAGCUUGGAAAGAGGUCACGAUGAGAUGAAAGGUGUAGAUGGCUGCGACGCCGUGGGGUUGCCGGUGCUGGGUGAUGCAAACGGCGAGGCGAACGCGAGCGACUACGACCGGCUCAUCAGAAACGGCUUCACCUUGAGAUGGGACCGGGUGACCCCGCCUCCUCCUACACUUGCACGAAAAGUUCAGAAGCCCGUGACAUGCCCGUCCAAGGGGUGGCCGAGGAAGUCGUGGAUGACAAUCACCGCUGGCCCGUUCUCUCACCGUGCCCAUAUUAAGGACGGUUCAUUCUUCAACCAGGGGAUUAUUCUGUCAUACCAUCUACUGCAUUUCCGCACAGCUCAUGAGCACCGAUCCAUUCCAGUCUACCUCCUCCUCUAA